ACAGGUGCUUCUCGCGCGACCUUAAAAUGAUGGUGUACUCUAUCAAACCAAUGUGUUGUUGUUAGAGUUCUAUAACAUCGUAAACCAGUUAAUUAAUAUUCCUCAGAUUGCAAAUUAACAAUUUAACACAUCCUUCGUGACCAGCAUCGUACGUUAUUUUCGUAGCUUCUCACGAACUAGUACGAAAAGGAUCGCUCACUUGUGUUCUGGACACUCAGUUUUUGGCGGGGACUCCAGCGCAGGAUUUGGACCCGCCCGGCCGAAAUGACGACGGCUCUCUGUCUGCUGAGUCUGUUCCUGAGUGGGGCGAAUAUCUUAGUUGAUGCUAGGAUUAGCCCUGCCAUGAUCAAAUGCCACGGCCCAGGACGCUGGUCAGAAGCAUUCGGAAAAGUUUUCCUGUUAGUGGAGGCUCGCCAGGUGUACCACAAUGCGCAGGCCACAUGCGCACGGCACGGCGCCGUUGUGGCCCGGGCCACCGAACCCUUCGACUGGCUAUUUAAAGACCCUGCUCUAGAUGUGUUAAGCGACUGUCUGAACGGUGACGAACCGAUCUGGGCUGGCCUUCGGCGAAACGAGCAAGGUGUGUGGGUGGACGGGCAAGGGAUGGAGGUGGACUUUAGCCCCCUCCGUCCGACGGGGGAUUCGAUACCCGGUGAUCUUGAUGAGAACUUCAACUGCGCGGUUCGUCUCCAUGGACAAUGGACUGGAACACAGUGUUCUUCUUCCCAUGCUUUUAUCUGCGAACUGGAUCCAGCUUCAGUGGCAUCUACAAGCUGUGUGUACGAAGCCGACAAAGGCGUGAGCUACCUUGGAACAGUGGACGUCGCUGACAACAGCGCCAAAUGCCUUCCCUGGCUUGCCAUUCCUGAUCUCGGCAACAUCACCGACAUGUACCCGUUGCCGGGGUACGUGGGCAUGCAAGACAACUACUGUCGCAACCCAGACGGCAGGGCCCGUCCUUGGUGCUACACUAGCGCUGCGGUUACACAGGAGUGCGGCGUCCCUACUUGUGCAGAGCCCGGACACGCUGUGCAGGAGAGAUGUCCUGAGAUGUCCUGUGCGGGACGGUGUCGCCAGCGCGCUGAGGGCCACACACAGACGUGCCAGUGUGACGCCCACUGUGAACUAUUCAACGACUGCUGCUUGGAUUUUACAGAAACGUGUGGUGCCCUGAACCCAGGGCAGCUGCCCGCUAAUUCGCCCUUCGAAUGCGUCACUGGGAACGAGUUUUUCGGCUCGUCCUACUGGAUGGUGGCCUCCUGUCCCGACUCAUGGGCCGAUGACGUCAUCAGGAGCGCAUGCGUGGAAGCACCCCCAGACCAUGGAGACCUGGACAACGUACUGUCCUUAGUGCCCGUUAGUGAUAGGUUGUCUGAUGUGGCGACUUACAGAAACGUCUUCUGUGCGAUCUGUAACAAUGUCCCGCUAACCCAACUAGUCUUCUGGGACUCUGGUCUGUACUGUAGAUUUGCUAACGGUAACGCUCGUACUGUAGACGACAUGAGUGAAGCUAGGUCUGAAUGUCCACAUGUGGAGGUGUUUUAUACACCCGGCGAUGAUGCGAUGUAUUCACCAAGAAUGUGUUUUCCUCGAACCGAGGAGUCACACGCAAAUCGUGGUUGUUCAAACGAUACAUGCCCCUCAAAAGCAGCGUUCGUCCACGACGGGUAUAACACUUACCAAAACAUUGACUGUGCGAUUUGUGGGGGGAUUCCUCCUGCAUUUGCGGUGAGUAAUCUUUCCUGUGGAUUGGGUGGGCCGGAGACUCGGAAUUGGUUUGAAAUGUGUUCUCCUUUCUGUCUCUCUCUUUCCCACCUGUUAGCAUUGAGUGUCAAUCCGUCAGUCCCUGGUAUGGACAAUGAUACUGCACUGUGCCCUCCGAAUAGACUUUACAACCCUAUGACUGGCCUCUGCAUAGUGUUGUCUGAUACUGUAUCCACUGCUGCGCCCCAAAUCCAAACCACAGCUGUCGCAUUAACCAAGCCGCCCAAGUGCCAAGUUGGUCGCAUUGCAUUUAUGCCCUCUGAGUACACCAAACUUCCUAACGGAAGGGUUUUCGUCAAGGUUGCCAACAUGUCCUGCCCCUCUCACUAUGCCGUCCCCGCUGGAGCUACUAUGUACGUGUGUUUGGACUGCUUUCCAAACCACGACCCCUGGUACAUGUACCGCGACCCCCCGGACACGACUGCAUCAAGUGAUGACAGCGUGCAGGUAUAUCUGACUCUAGCACUCAUUUGCCUUUCAGCCAUUUCGGCUGUCAUCUAUACUAUUUACUCUUUGGGUAACAAACGCCUCCGUCCGCUGGAUGGAAAACUCAAACUACAGCUGGUCCUGUCUCUUGUAUCGGCAGCAGUUCUCUUCGUCGUGGGAGCUAUACUCUUGCCAGGUCCACUUUGCAUUUUCUUUGCGAUCGCCACACACCAUCUCCUGUUAGUCGCUUUCUCGACUAUGAGCGCCAUGGCGUUUGAUCUGUAUCUGCACUUUUCCGACAGCCCACUGGCUGCAAACAAGAAGCCAUGGUGCUUCUUCCUCUACAGCUGGGGAGUGCCGACGGUGGUGGUUGGUGUCACCGCCUUCAUGGAUUUCUGUAGCUGUAGCUCCAUUGAAGUCGGGUACGGCCAAGCACAUUGCUGGAUUGGCAACCCUGUGGCGAGUAUCUGCGCCUUUGGCGUGCCCGUGGCCCUUGUUCUGGUGACCAAUGCUUGUUUCGCAGCGCGCAUGCUCUGCACCCUGUGUGGAUGUGUCGGUACCAGCGGCGACGGGCUGAAGCGCAUCAGCGCCAAAGCGUGGUUCUGUGUGCGCAUGACCGUUGUGAUGGGGUUCCCCUGGAUCCUGGGCUUCGUUGUCCCUUUCGUCAACAGUACAGCCCUUGAGUACGUCUUCGUCAUUCUGAACGCGUCCCAUGGGUUUCUGCUGACGGUGGUUUUCAUCAUGAAUGAUAAAGCUCUCUGCAAAUACGAGGAUAUCUCAGCCCCGCCCUCAAAUAACAACGAGAAUAAAGCAGUUGAGGAGGAAACCGCAGUUUGAGCCUGACAGGUUUCUGGUCGUCACUCGAGUUACUGGACAGUAUCUCCAUUUCGUGACUACUCAGAUUAAGAAUGUGCCCUCCGAUAUGUGGAUUGAUAACCUGUACCAGUAGUGUAUGUAGAUGCGUGUAUUAACUAAUAAAGAAUAUAUUAUAGUUGCAUCAUGAGGCAGCACGCAGUGUUGGGUUGCCCAUAAAUGCGAGGUAAACACUAACGUUAUAGCAAAGAAGCUGCAGUGCGGAAGCUGACCCCUUUGCCGGCUUUGGGUCGAUGAAGAUGAUGAAGAUACAUGUAACACAAUACAUUUUGAAUAAACAGGAACUAGUAAGGGGAUUAUAUUAUAUCGUAGUACAUUGCAAGUAUGGUGUGAAGUUGGUAUUGUCAACUUUCCAAUCAAACCAUGCCAUAUGUAAUGCAAUAGGAAUCUAUCAAGGACAUUAAAAUGUCGCUGGAAUCUAUCUAUAUUAAAUGUUACCAUACUAGGGAUAGGGUGGACCUGGUCCGGGCA